AUGUCAUCCGACUUCGGUGUGCACCAGUUGUUGAUGCCAUUCGACGGCAAUCAGCCGGGUCCAUCAAGGAUCAUGGUUGAAUCGCCUACAAAUACACCUCCAACCACGGAUCCGUCAGAUCUCCUUCGACUUUUGAGUGAAGGAAAUGGAUCAUCUGACUCCCCAAAGACCCAUUUUGAACGAGUUCUUAAUAGUACGGUUGAUUUGCACGAUAACACCUCUUCAAUGGCACUGGACGGUACCGGUCCCUUCUCGCUGGGAAUGGAUCUCUCAAUGUUCGGAGAUCUUAGCGGUGCCGGAGCGCUCAGAAACUCAUCAAAAACGUUGAAAUGUCCAAAGUGUAACUGGCAUUACAAAUAUCAGGAGACUUUAGAGAUUCACAUGAAGGAAAAACAUUCAGAUGGUGAGGUGAAAUGCGGGUACUGUGCUGAGAAUCGUGUACAUCCAAAGCUUGCACGAGGUGAAAGCUAUUCGUGUGGCUAUAAACCUUACAGAUGUGAACUCUGCAAAUACAGUACGACAACGAAAGGGAAUUUAAGCAUUCAUAUGCAAAGUGAUAAACAUCUUCACGCAGUCCAAGAGCUACCAAGCAGUAUUGCUUCAUUAUCUUGCCCGCCGGCUCGUUCACCGCCUCAGGAUGGCGAUCGUUCGUUAGUUUGCGUCGUUUGUGGAUGUUUCACCACCGAUGAUUUGGAAGAAAUGAUUGCACACGCAGAUAAGGACCGAUCUCGUCCAUCACAUGGCGAUAUAUCGAUGAGCGGCGGUGUGUUUCGAUGUCAUCUUUGUCCGUAUCACACGAAUUUAAAGGCGAAUUUCCAACUUCAUACACGAACCGAUAAACAUUUGCAGCGAGUACAAAUGGUUAAUCACAUCCGCGAGGGCACCUCCGCGUCAUCAGCUCUGUGCCGAAUCGGAAACGCAAAGACAGUUUUUCAAGUGCUGUGCCGUCCGUGUCAGGAGCUUUUGCCAAGUGCUUCAUCGUUACGAGAUCAUAGCGAGAGUAUCACACAUCGCACAAACCUUCGGCAACCGAUUACGCAUUACAAAUGUCGGUUGUGUUCCUUUGACACACCGCAUAAACAAGACGCUAUCGGCCACAUGACGUGCCACGAACCGAGCACCUGGCCAAGAAAUACUAUAGAUUUCAAUGCGACGACGAUGAGCGAGGAUGCGGCGUACGCUUGUGCCAGCUGUGGAUUCACAACGAAGGACGCGCAAAUGUUGGAAGAACAUGCGCGUUCACACGAGGAAGGCGAGCAAUGUCCGCUAUGUUCGGAUCGUACGCAAAAACUCACUGAGCAUCUGAUUCAGGAACACAAAAUCGCCGAGUCUGCGGUGGAACGGUUGCUCGCUGUGCAUCGCCCAGAACCAUCCAGCUCGGGCAACUUCACCUUCCGCUGCGGACAGUGCACGAUGGCGUUUCGAUCCGAGUCCGCGUUACGAUCGCAUUCAAUUUUACAUCUUUUCGCACCUACACAACGAUGUUCACUUUGUCAGAAGAGUUGCUCCGACGAUGAGGAGCUCAAGGCUCACAUGGAAGCCGAGCAUCCGCAAGAGGACGAGACUUCAAGAUGUGAUCUAUGCGCGGAAACCUUUACGUCUCGAGCGUCGCUAAUAGCGCACAUCAAUUCAGUUCGGCAUUUACAUCGGGCGAAAAAACAACUUGAGGCGCAAGGUUCUGUGGAUUUAAGUUCGCAGGUGCUGGCAGCGCUUCAAAGCCCACCCAGUCCUGGCGAGAAGAAACCGUUCCGUUGUAACGUGUGCAAGAUCGGAUACGGUCAAGGAGCCACUUUGGAUAUACAUCUGAGGUCAGUCGCUCAUCAGUCGCGAAUGAGUAAAAUCGCCGACUUGGUCAGCGCCGGCGAUGUGGACCCGUCGAAGCCGGUGCUCGAACAACCCGGCGGACCAGCGCAAAAGAUCAUACGAGAACUGUUGGGCCGUGACGAUGAGCCAUCGAACGCAGCGCAACAACAAAAUGUGAUGACAAUGUUCAACAUCAUGAAUAUGCUGAUGGGUCAAAAUGCCGGCAUCCAACUACCGACAUUUCCCACCUCACAACAGCAGAAUUCAAGUGGAGUGAACACUCCUGAAGCUGAGGAGGAGGUUGCCGCACCGAGGAACGCUUUCGGCUUAGUCGCAAUGGUGAAAGCUUUCGGCGAAGAGAGACUGAUCUCAGCGUCGACUUCACUUGCCGGGAAGUUGUCGCGAAUGGGUGAAAUCCCCGACGCGUCCGUGGAACAGCUAGCAGCUGUGGAUUGUCUGCAAUGUUCGGAGAGGUUACCAUCUAUUCUAGCAUUGUCUACACACCACGAAGUGGCUCACUCUGCCGCCAUUCCCGAUUCAACCGUUCAGCUCUUCGCCGAACGGCUUGCCGAAGCAAUCCCAGACGCUCCAACACAAACUAACGGCCAUCAUCCAUCACCAGCCGCGAGUCGCGCAGCAAAAGACGACGGAGAACCGCCGGAAAAACGGCCACGAUCCCAAGCAAACGUCGCCGAUCCAUCUAAACCAGAUCUUGCUCAAAUGGCUAUGCUCACAAUGAUGGGCAGUUUUCCCUUCCUGCCACCAAAUCCAUUAGGUGGUUUUGUUCCAGGCAUGGGAGAGUUCUUCAAUCCUUUAGUGGCUCAACAGAUGCAACAGCUUUCAUCUUCACCGGCGAAACGUGCCCGAACGCGAAUCACCGACGAUCAGCUGAAAAUUUUGAGGCAAUAUUUUGACAUCAACAACAGUCCAUCCGAGUCACAAAUCAAGGAAAUGUCGAUAAAAGCUGGAUUACCUGAGAAAGUCAUCAAACAUUGGUUUAGAAACACUCUGUUCAAGGAACGGCAACGGGACAAGGAUUCUCCGUAUAACUUCAGUGUUCCUCCUCAGAUGGGCAUCGAUUUGGACACAUACGAAAAGACCGGCGAAACGAAAGUUGUGCCGCUAUCAAAUACGGAGUCUAGACGCGAACCAUCACCGAAACCAGCUGAAACACCAACGGUACCACCGUUGAAUUUGCAGGCGAUGAUGCAACAAAUGCAACAUGCGAAUCCUUUUCAGUUCAUGGAUCCAUCCGGAAUGAUUCCUGGACCGAUGGCACAAUUGUCGCAAACAAGUACGUCAGGACGUCGUGCGAAUCGAACUCGGUUCACAGAUUACCAGCUGAGAACACUACAACAAUUUUUUGACAAACAGGCAUACCCAAAGGAUGACGACUUAGAGGUACUUAGCAAAAAAUUGCAAUUAAGCCCCAGGGUAAUUGUUGUCUGGUUUCAAAAUGCUCGACAAAAGGCUCGCAAGAUAUACGAGAACCAGCCGAAUCAUGAGAAUGCGGAUCGAUUUGUGCGAACUCCCGGUUGCAAUUUUCAGUGUAAACGGUGCAAUCUUGUCUUCCAACGUUAUUAUGAACUAAUUCAACACCAACAGAAGAAAUGCUAUAAGGACGACUGCCUCGCUCAGGCUAAUGACAACAAAAUAGUAGAAGAAUCGCUGACGGACGAAGAGAAGGCGCAACUUAUCCAACAGACUGCACUUGCUAGUAUAAACGACGCUAAACCAGCGGAUCUUGUGAAACUUUUAGGUGCUAGCAAAUCAAGCACAGAAGCAUUGCUGAAGCUGUGUGAAUCCGCAAACCCUUCGCCUUCUUCGUUUCACAAGCGAUGCCCCUUUUGUGGAUUACUGUUUCGAAGCAAGCAAGCCCUACAAGAACACAUUCCUGCACGUCAUCCGCAACAACAUUCUGUCACACCCCUCGAUGUCGAUCUGCUUCCGAACGCCGAAGAUGUGAGCAUGGUGCCGGUAUUGAUCCCUCCGCCAACGCCCGAAAACAAAGACUUGGCUGGUGUUCUUGAUCUUAGUAGCGCAUCCCAAGAACGUGACACUCUGUCAAUGUCACCAUUCUUGGGACAAUCCGAUGAUGAUCCUUCGGAAUUCGUUGAGGAAAAUCCGAGCUCAUUUGGUGCUGGCAUGACACAAUCUCGAUCGCCUACCAGUAAUAAACGCUACCGUACACAUCUCACACCAACACAAGUUCAUGUUAUGAAAAGUGUGUUUGGCGAUUAUAAAACCCCAUCAAUGACGGAAUGUGAAGCGUUAGGACGGGAAAUUGGUCUCCAUAAACGUGUGGUACAAGUAUGGUUUCAAAAUGCUCGUGCAAAGGAACGAAAAACUCGUACCGCAUCUACUAGUGGAGAAGAAGAGCACACGCGUUCCACUUCAACUUCUUGCACAAUGUGCGGUGUCGAGUACAGCGGACGUGUAACAAUGCAGGAUCAUCUUUUCUCCUUACAACAUCUUGCCGUUCUAAAAUCUCAACUGCGAAGCGAUACCGGACAUGCUGACACUCCAUCCUCAGCUUUCCCCAGUGAGAAUGGCAACGAAAGACGGCCGCCAACUACUAGACCAAAUAAAACUCCAGUGCAGCCGGCUCAAAUAACAAGUCUUAAUUUAAACGGGUUUCCGUUCAAUUUUAUGAACGGAAUAAUGUCAGGAGGUCUUCCUCUAGUUUAUGAUCCAGCAAUGUUUGGCACACCUGUGUCGAUGCUUCAAAUUCCUGAAACAGUGAAAUUACGCAUCAAAUCAGACAUCACUGCCGGUCUUUCUUCUUCGCGCUUUACUCAAGACGGUUUGAGCGUGGAUGAUUUGAGGCAAAAGUUGGAUUCCAACGAUGCACAAACGUUGGCCGAGAAAGAGGUUGAGGUUGGUUGGGCUUGCACAUCCUGUACAAACGUCUUCCAACAAGAGGCUCUCCUGAAGAAUCAUCAAAGAUCCGUCUGUCAAGGAACUGAAGCGGUGUUCACCCUGGUGCAAAUACACUACGAAUGCAACGUGUGCUCUUGCAAAGUAGGCACACAGGCCGAGUAUCGAUCCCACUGCGAAACAGCCGAACAUCACACAAAUGUACAAACGUCUACAGGCAGUGGUGGUGGUCCAUCGGCUCAAUAA